CAACUCCUGCAAACGUGCUCGCGAUGGCUGCCCCGCCUUCUGCAGACUCCUCCGCGGCUGCUUGGGACGUCAUGCAGGAUCUGCAGUUCCUCAUCGACGAUCCAACCCAGUACAACGAGCUCUCUGUCAUGUGCGGCGGCACUCCUAACGACGCCGAGUCGCGUGACCGCAGCAGCAUCCCACCAGCCGCCAAACGGCGCCGCCCACUGCGCGACUAUCAUCACCGCGCGGAGCUAUCUCGUCUCCGCGAGCAGGUCGAGGACCUCAAGAGCGACCUUGCACGUGCCAAGGCUUCCAGCAGUGCCAUGCACAUGCCAUUGUGGGAGAAAGCUGCGCGUCGCGAGCGUGUGGAGAAGAAUCGAUCGAUCCAGGACAACUCGGACCUCCGCGCGGCCGUACACGAGCGUGCCGCCUUCAUCCAACACAUGCAGCGCACGCUAUGUCGAAAACCCCGUUGGAUGGCGCUUCCCAACGCCACCGUGGACGCGUGGCAGUCGUACAAACUCGCGGCGCAGCCGUCGUUGCGCACUGCGUCCAUUCACGCUAUCGCAGAUCGGCAGUUCCGACGACAGCCCCACGCUUUCAUCCAAGCAGGCAUCCUGGACCGCACGGACGACCUCUUCCGCGCGGAGCCAGUGACGUUGCCCGAUCACGUCAUGCUGCAAGUGAUCAACCACGUCAACUUCCCCGCACCGGCGUCGGCAGUCAGUGCUGCAUGUUGGCGGACCUUUCGCGGGGGUAAACAUCGAAGCGCGCUGCCUCUGCCAGAAAACUCGACCGAGACAAUCGAAGAGGUGGACGCGCACACCAUCUACGAACGCUUCUGCCACAUCCAAGGCGACAUCACAGGCCACUCGAACAACAUCCGCAAACUGUUCAAGGACGACGACGGCCGCGAUGUGAUUGUGUGGCGGACAGUGCUCGAUGAUGCGCUGGUUCCCCACAUGUCCAGGGAUGCCGUGGACGACACGUGGGGCUGGCUGGUGGUGGCCCCCCAUCCACAAGACCAGACUAAGUGCAGGAUGACGUGCUUGGUGCAAAUUCCGCUGGAUACGAGGGUGGCGCCGCAGCACGACUCAACAGACGCCCGCGCGCGGCCCGACCAGCGCGACCACAGCCAAACCAUGGAAGCGAUCUUGUCGGCCAUUCAUUCGCUGACUAGAGGAGCCACCACAGCCACCCGUUCGCCGGACAAACACAAACCCAACAACAUACCACGGAAUGACAAUAUACUGCCAGCCAUGCGCACCUUCCUGGAACGAGGCAGACUGUUUGAGACCGCUAUGAAAGCGUCGUUGAACGACGCCGUCGCUCGCUUUGCCACGUCAUAACAGUGUAAAUGGAUGGAUUCAUGUGACGCACUGGAGAUCAAGGAAAAGAGCAAACAUU